AUGAGUCUCCAGCCACAAGCACCCAGAGCUCUCCAUGAGCCUCCUUCUACCGAGACCUCGACCCCUCCACCUUCUACACCCGACCCAACCGACGUCUGGCCACUGGGAAAAUCCCAUCCAAGCUGCCGCAAGCCCGAUCAACCCCUUCUCCGCCUGCCGUACGAACUCUUACGAAACAAUUUUCGGGCUGCUCACUUCACCGUCGAGAAGGAGAGCACUUCCAUCAAGGCCCUCCUCAAAGACACGGCCACCGCUUCGGUCAAUGGGCGGGCCUCGCCCGACCAGGUCUUGCAGAAUCUCGACGCCAUGAUCGCCAAGAUGCGGGGCGUGAAGCGCAAACUCACGACCUACGCUGACGAGGAGGCCCGCCUCUAUCAUCAGACCGAUGCCCGCAUCGCCCAUCUAGGCGAACUCUACGGCAUGCACAGCUUUGACGAUGUCAAGUACGAGACCUGGAGCCGAUCUCGUCGACGUCCAGACGUUUGUCUCGAUGAGCAAGAUCCAGGAGUCAUUACGUCGGGGCAGCGUUGCCGAAAGCGCUUGCUUGGUGCCAAGACAACAAGAAGGAGCUGCGCAAGAAAGAUUCUCGAAUUUAUGCUUCGCUUCCAGCAAUACGUCGAGCUCCUCCGCAGCCACAAGUACCUCGAGGCCAUCGCCCACUCCAAAAAGUACAUCGUCCCCUAUAAGUCUGUCUAUCCGGACCAGUGCCGCAAGGCCUUUGGACUCCUUGCCUACUCCAACGCCGACGCGGCCGCCAACACAACCUACGCCACCCUCUACAGCCCCGACCGCUGGAAUAACCUCGUCGACAUAUUCACCAACAACCACAACGAGCUGCUCGCCCUGCCCCGCCUGCCCCUUCUCCACAUCGCCCUCUCCUCCGGCCUCUCCGCCCUCAAGACACCCGCCUGCCAUUCCUCCAGCGCCGUCGCCUCCUUCACGACCACGGUACCCUUCUCCCCGGAACAAUACAUUGAGACCAACGCCGGCAUCUCGCAGUCCUCGUCCAACGAAACCCAGCGCUGGCGCCAGCCACAGCAGCAACAAGACCACGGCAUGCACUCGGAGCCCUCCGGCGACGGCGCCCACUCCCAGAAUCCUCACCACCACCACCACCAUCACCAACAACAGGCCCGCCAGCCGCCAUCUCGAGCCCCGCCGCGUCCUGCCCCAUCUGCUCCACCGAGCUCAACGACCUCGCGCGCAACGUCCCGUACGCCCACCACACCAAAAGUCACGUCGACACGGACCUCCUGCUGCUGCCGAACGGCAACGCCUUUGGCAAGGACCGCCUCGAGGACUAUGCGCGCAAGUCCGGGCUCGAGCCCGAGGUUGAGGUCAAGGACCUCAAGACGGGGGCGACGUAUCAUGCCGAGGAGCUGA